AGAUCCAGGCAGAGCUCGGAGCUGGGGGAGAAGCCUCAGGGCAGGGAGAAGCCCCACAAGUGCUUGGAAUGUGGGAAGGGCUUCAGGUGGACCUCCAGCCUGAUCCGGCACCAGAGGAUCCACAAUGGUGAGAAGCCCUACGAGUGUGGGGAAUGUGGGAAGAGCUUCACCCGGAACUGUACCCUGAGGGAACACCAGCGCACCCACACCGGGGAGAGGCCCUACGAGUGUGAGGAAUGUGGUAAGCGCUUCAGCCAGAGCUCCAGCCUGAGAGAUCACCAGAGGAUCCACACUGGGGAACGGCCCUAUGAGUGUGGGGAAUGUGGGAAGAGCUUCAGCCAUGUUUCCAGCCUGAUCCAGCACCAGAGGAUCCACACUGGGAAAAAGCCCUAUGAGUGUGGGGAAUGUGGGAAGAGCUUCUGCCAGAGCUCUAACCUGAUCCAGCACGAGAGGAUCCACACUGGGGAAAGGCCCUAUGAGUGUGGAGAAUGUGGGAAGGGCUUCACCAACAGCUCCCAGCUGAUCCAGCACCAGGUGGUUCACACCGGGGAACGGCCCUAUGGCUGUAGUGAAUGUGGGAAGAGUUUCUGGCGGAGCUCCAUCCUGAGGGAACACCUGCGCACCCACACCGGGGAACAGCCCUUUGAGUGUUCUGAGUGUGGGAAGAGGUUUCGGAGGAGGUCUGAUCUCCUUGUACAUCAUCGCAUUCACACGGAUGAGAGGCCUUUCCGCUGCCCCGACUGCGGGAUGGGCUUCAAACGCAACUCCCACCUCACCAUCCACCGGCGCAUCCACACCGGGGAGAGGCCCUAUGAGUGUUCUGAGUGUGGGAAGAGCUUCUCUGUGAGGUUUAAUUUAACCCAACACCAACGGAGGCACCGCUAAGGGAAGCCCUGCGAGUGCCCCGAGUGCGGGAAGAGCUUCGUGCGCUGCUCCAGCUC